AUGGAUCUAUUGUUCCUUGUUAAAAUUACUUCAUCGAUAACGAGUUACUACCGUUGCACAACGGCUUCAUGUAACGUGAAGAAGAGAGUGGAGAGAUCGUUCAGAGAUCCAAGCAUUGUAGUUACGACCUACGAAGGUCAACACAUACACGUUAGUCCACUCACUCCACGUCCAAUUUCUGCUGGAGGCAUUCUUGGAUCAUCAGGAUUUGCUUCAAAUCUUGGUGGUAGCUUUGGGUUUCCAAUGGAGACCAGGUCAACACUAGUAUCUCCUCAAUUCCAACAGCUUGCCCAUUACCACCAACAACAAGAGCUCUUGUCUUGUCUCGGAGGAGUUGGCGAGUACCUUAAUAGCCAUGCAAAUGGAUGUGGUGAUGAGGAAUGUGUGAAGAAGAGUCCAAGUUUGGUUAAAGAUAAUGGACUUCUUCAAGAUGUUGUCCCCUCUCAUAUGUUAAAGGAGGUGUAG